AUGAGUCUACGAUCGUUAAAUCCUAUAUUAAAGGGGUUUCGUCCCACCCCAGUAUCUCUUGGUCUAACCAAGAAUUUUCUUGAACCACAAUAUCCUCAACUAUUGUUGGAUAAACUCGAUUUGAAGUCAAAAUAUCCAGAAGCAUCGAAAUCUUUAGAGGUUGUAGAUAUAUAUAGUGGUAAUGGAUAUUUCUCAUCAAUGUUGAACUACGAUUUGAAACCUAAAAACCACGUCAUGUUAGAAACACUGAUGGCCGCUUUGAAAUCGUUCCACCAAUUGAGAGAAGUGUUAAAUAAAGAUCCCUAUAAAUCAACAGAUUUGACGUUUGAUCAUCAUUACUUAAAUGGAUUUAAAUGGGAAAUUUACACAGACAUUGUUAAUAACGGUAUAAUAAGUCCAAAAACCAAACCAAGAAAUAGAAUUCAUGACGAGUUAUUGAUAUUUGCUAACUUGGCUUCAUGUCCAGGGGGUGAAGCAUUAUUUGCUCAAUGGAUGAUGUGCUCUGCUCAUCAAAAUUGGCUCCAGAAGUACGGUAGAGUGAGAAUGAUCUUCAUAAUACCAGAAGUAUCUGCAAGGAAGUUUUUAUCCAAGCCAUAUUCCAGAUUCAGAAACAGAACCGCUAUCAAGCUUGAACUUUUCACUGAUACGAAAUUAAUUGCCAUAAACGAAAGCAAUGGAACUACUCAUCAACCAGAUGGAUGCGAUUAUGAUGUUAAUGUGUUACUCAAAGAUCAACCUAUAAUUCUACCUUCAUAUUCAUUAUACCCAGCUAACAGAUUUGCAGUAGUAGAGGUUAUUCCUAAAGAAAACAUUGAUAUCGAUAUCCCCACAUUGGAAUACGUUACGCAAAUUCUUUUAUUCAGAAAGGCAACCCCUUUAAGAGAGAGUUUAGCUUACUUGGGGCCUGGAGCAGAAGAGUUUUUAAUUCCCCGUUUGGGACAUUUAUUACACAAAACUGUGAGAGAAUUGACCAGUGAUGAGGUUAAAGAAGUUAUUGAACAGUUUGAUUUAUGGCCCUUUAAACCCUCAUUGGAAGAAAUGAUAACGAUUAAUAGAGAGGAAGGUACAGAUGAAUGA